UAGUUGGCUUGGCUUUUGUCACGAACCCAUAAACAAAUCUUCCCCAUCUCUGCCACUUAGAAAGUUGCUUAUCCUCCAACUCGAAUUAGAAAGGCUUUUCUCUCUCUUUAUUAGAUUCUCUAUCUCCUCCUCCUUCAUCCAUUUCACAAGGAGGAAAGAAGAAGAAGAAAUUAAGAAGAGAGUUCAAGGAUCGAAGAAGAAAGGUUUUUGAGAGAUGGGGAGAGGCAAGAUUGAGAUAAAGAGAAUAGAGAACUCAACCAACAGGCACGUGACCUACUCAAAGAGGAUGAAUGGGAUCGUGAAGAAGGCUAGGGAGAUCAGCGUUCUAUGCGAUGCUAAAGUUUCUCUUGUUAUCUUUUCCAGCUCUGGAAAGAUGAAAGAGUUCUGCAGCCCUUCAACUACGCUGAUUAACAUCUUGGACAUGUACCACAAGCGGUCUUCGAAGAGGUUGUGGGAUGCCAAGCAUGAGAAUCUCAGCAAUGAAAUUGAUAGAAUCAAGAAAGAGAACGACAACAUGCAGAUUGAGCUCAGGCACAUGAAAGGAGAGGAUAUCACAUCUUUGAACCAUAAAGAGCUCAUGCUCCUUGAGGAAGCCCUUGGAAACGGCCUCAGCAGUAUCCGCGAGAGGCAGAUGGACUACUUGAGGAUUGCUAAGAAAAAAGACGAGAUAUUGGAGGAGGAGAAUAAGCGCCUAAAUUUCACUCUGCAUCAGCAGGAGAUGGCCAUGGAAGCAGCAAGCAGAGACGUGGAUGAUGAUUAUAAUUAUGAGCAGAGAGUGAGGGGCUAUAACUCUCAAAUGCCUUUUUCUUUCCGUGUGCAGCCUAUUCAGCCAAAUCUACAAGAGAGGAUGUGAACUGUACUUGGCUAGCUUCCUAUCUUGAAAAAUAACUUUCAGCUAUCCAGUACUGUUUGUAAGAGCCUUAAUAAGUAGCUAGCUAGUACAAUUGAAACCUCUGAUUAAGUGUGUGAACAUAUGGCUUGUGGGAUGCGAUCAUUUCGGGUACUAUAUGGUAGCUAGCCUUAAUGUUUAUAUAUAUGUAUGGUUGUGCA